CAGAAACUGACAACCACUGAACGCCAACUUCCUCCUCUCAUGGCUUAUCCUUUACUUUAAUGUUAGCAUUAUAAUAAUGACAGCUUGAAAACCCUAAUACCUCAGCCUCUUUAUAAAAUGGAAUCACCCUUGUGACAAACAGUGACAUUAUCAGCAAGCAGCCGAUAGCCAUGGCCUCCAAGCAGUCUAACAAGAUCAGAGUCAUUGUCAGGCUGCAACAGAUGCUCAAGAAAUGGAGAAAGCUUGCAAAUUCAUCGAAAACAAGAACCCAGUUUCUGAAAAGGACACUAUCCUUAUCAGAGAACUCAGUUUGUGAAGCAUCAAGCAGCGUUGUCCCAAAAGGGUUUCUUGCUGUAUGCGUUGGGGAUGAACUAAAGAGAUUUAUUAUCCCAACUGAGUACUUGAGUCGUCAAGCAUUUCAUAUUUUACUGAGAGAAGCUGAAGAGGAAUUUGGGUUUCAACAAACAGGUGUUCUGAGGAUUCCUUGUCAGGUUUCUGUUUUCGAGAAUAUUUUGAAGCUGGUGGAGGAAAGAAAAGACAAGUUCUUCGAGGAGGAAAGAUGGUUCAAUGGCGAUGAUAGAAGGAGUUGUUGCUUAUCAGAAUGCCCACUAACUCCAUCUCAUCAUUCGCAAAGUCCAAUGUGCAGAUAGUAUUUUUUUUCUUUCUUUCUCUCCUAGUCUUACUUUACUCUUUGUUCUUUUUCUUUUGUUGCUGCGCCCAAUAAUCAAUAAGAUGAUCAAAUACAAACGAUUAUAUUUUC